AUGUCCUCGGCCGUGGGGCCCCGCGGUGCUCGCCCACCCACCGUGCCUCCCCCGAUGCAAGAGCUGCCCGACCUGAGCCACCUGACCGAGGAGGAGAGGAACAUUAUCAUGGCAGUGAUGGACCGGCAGAAGGAAGAGGAGGAAAAAGAAGAAGCCAUGCUCAAGUGUGUUGUCAGGGACAUGGCGAAGCCUGCUGCCUGCAAAACACCAAGAAAUGCUGAAAACCAGCCCCACCAACCUUCACCGAGAUUGCAUCAACAAUUUGAAAGCUACAAGGAACAAGUGAGAAAAAUAGGGGAAGAAGCACGGCGUUACCAGGGCGAGCACAAAGAUGAUGCUCCGACUUGUGGCAUCUGUCGCAAAACCAAGUUUGCCGAUGGGUGCGGCCACCUCUGCUCCUACUGCCGCACCAAGUUCUGCGCCCGCUGCGGAGGCCGCGUGUCUCUGCGGUCCAACAACGAGGACAAAGUGGUUAUGUGGGUAUGCAAUUUAUGUCGAAAGCAACAAGAAAUCUUAACCAAGUCUGGGGCCUGGUUCUUUGGAAGUGGCCCUCAGCAGCCCAGUCAGGAUGGAACCCUGAGUGACACGGCUACAGGUGCUGGCUCUGAGGUGCCCAGAGAAAAGAAAGCACGGCUCCAGGAGCGAUCCCGGUCUCAGACCCCCCUAAGCACCGCAGCUGCCUCCACCCAGGACACCGCUCCUCCCAGUGCACAAGCAGACAGGAGCAAGGGGGCUGAGCCCUCCCAGCAAGCCAUGGGGCCAGAACAGAAGCAGGCUGGAUCCAGGUCUAGAAGUGAACCUCCAAGAGAGAGGAAGAAGACGCCGGGGCUCCCCGACCAGAAUGGCAAAGGCGCCCCGAAGAGCGAUCGGAGACGCGCGCCCAAGGCCUCCGCGCCGCCCGGGGAGGCGGCCUCGGAGGACCGGGAGCGGAGAGAGAGGCGGGAGAGCCGGCGGCUGGAGAAAGGCCGCUCCCAGGACUACUCGGACCUGCACCUGCAGGGGAAACGCGAGGAGGGCGCCGCAGCAGCCGAGGGGAAGCCCAGGAGCGAGGAGUACCAGACCCGGUACCGCAGCGACCCCAACCUGGCGCGGUACCCGGUGACGGCGCCGCCGGAGGAGCAGCAGAUGCGCAUGCACGCCCGCGUGUCCCGCGCCCGGCACGAGCGGCGCCACAGCGACGUGGCGCUGCCGCACACCGAGGCCGCCGGCCCCGCGGGCAAAGCGGGCCCCGAGGGCAAGGCGGGCCCGCGCGCCCCCGCCGCGCCCCGGCCCGGGCCGCCCGCCGCGCCGCGGACCCACCCGGCCGAGAGGACGGCGGAGGUCCGGGCGCCGGCGCCGGGCGCCAAGCCGCCGGCGAAGAACCCCAGCCCGCCGGCGGCGCCCCGGCAUGGGCCGGCCCCCGCGCCCGCAGCCCCGGAGCCCAGGGCGCCCGAGCCGCUCCGCAAGCAGAGCCGCCUGGACCCCAGCUCGGCCGCCGUGCUGGUGCGCAAGGCCAAGCGCGAGAAGGCGGAGACCAUGCUGCGCAACGACUCGCUCAGCUCCGACCAGUCCGAGUCGGUGCGGCCGUCCCCGCCCAAGCCGCACCGGCCCAAGCGCGGCGGCAAGCGGCGGCAGAUGUCGGUGAGCAGCUCGGAGGAGGAGGGCGUGUCCACGCCGGAGUACACGAGCUGCGAGGACGUGGAGCUGGAGAGCGAGAGCGUCAGCGAGAAAGGUGACUUGGAUUAUUACUGGCUGGAUCCUGCCACGUGGCAUAGUCGGGAAACAUCACCGAUUAGUUCGCAUCCUGUAACGUGGCAACCAUCUAAAGAGGGGGACCGAUUAAUUGGACGUGUUAUUCUUAACAAGAGAACAACUAUGCCCAAAGAAUCAGGUGCAUUACUGGGCCUGAAAGUUGUUGGAGGAAAAAUGACUGACUUAGGACGCCUUGGUGCCUUCAUCACCAAAGUAAAGAAGGGUAGCCUUGCAGAUGUAGUUGGACAUUUAAGAGCAGGGGAUGAAGUUCUAGAAUGGAAUGGUAAACCCCUGCCGGGAGCUACAAAUGAAGAAGUUUACAACAUUAUUUUAGAAUCAAAAUCAGAACCUCAAGUUGAAAUUAUUGUUUCAAGGCCUAUUGGUGACAUUCCCAGGAUUCCCGAGAGCUCCCACCCUCCCCUGGAAUCCAGUUCAAGUUCUUUUGAAUCUCAGAAGAUGGAAAGGCCUUCCAUUUCUGUUAUUUCUCCAACAAGUCCUGGAGCUCUAAAAGAUGCCCCGCAAGUCUUACCAGGACAACUUUCUGUGAAACUGUGGUAUGAUAAAGUGGGACACCAGCUGAUUGUAAAUGUUCUACAAGCAACAGAUCUACCUUCUAGAGUAGAUGGGCGACCCAGGAAUCCCUAUGUAAAAAUGUAUUUUCUUCCAGAUAGAAGUGAUAAAAGUAAGAGGAGGACCAAAACCGUAAAGAAAGUACUAGAACCAAAAUGGAAUCAAACUUUUGUCUACUCACAUGUACAUCGUAGAGAUUUUAGAGAACGAAUGUUAGAAAUAACUGUGUGGGAUCAACCAAGAGUGCAAGAAGAAGAGAGCGAAUUUCUCGGAGAGAUCCUCAUAGAAUUGGAGACAGCACUUUUAGACGAUGAGCCACAUUGGUAUAAACUGCAGACCCAUGAUGAAUCUUCACUACCUCUGCCUCAGCCAUCACCUUUCAUGCCAAGGCGACACGUUCAUGGAGAAAGCUCCAGCAAAAAACUACAAAGAUCUCAGCGAAUCAGUGACAGUGACAUCUCAGAUUAUGAGGUGGAUGAUGGUAUUGGAGUAGUGCCUCCAGUAGGUUAUAGGUCUAGUGCUAGAGAAAGUAAAUCUACAACAUUAACUGUGCCAGAACAGCAAAGAACAACCCAUCACCGCUCACGCUCAGUAUCUCCUCACCGCGGCGAUGAUCAGGGAAGGCCGCGUUCACGUUUACCAAAUGUGCCAUUACAGAGGAGUUUAGAUGAAAUUCAUCCAACAAGAAGGUCACGUUCUCCAACCAGACACCAUGAUGCCUCUAGAAGUCCAGUUGAUCACAGAUCCAGAGAUGUGGAUAGUCAGUAUUUAUCUGAACAAGACAGUGAGCUUCUUAUGCUGCCCAGAGCAAAACGAGGACGAAGUGCAGAAUGCCUACAUACUACCAGUGAACUGCAGCCCUCCCUUGACAGGGCUAGGAGUGCUAGUACCAACUGCUUGAGACCAGAUACUAGUUUGCAUUCACCAGAACGAGAAAGGACACACCGACAAGGAAGUCCAUCCCACUCUCCUCCUGCGGACACUUCCUUCAGCAGCCGGAGGGGCAGACAGCUCCCACAAGUGCCAGUGAGAAGCGGCAGUAUAGAACAAGCAAGCUUAGUAGUGGAGGAGCGAACAAGACAGAUGAAAAUGAAAGUGCAUCGAUUUAAGCAGACAACAGGGUCUGGUUCUAGUCAAGAACUUGAUCGCGAGCAAUAUUCCAAGUAUAGCAUACAUAAAGAUCAGUACAGAAGCUGUGAUAACGUCUCUGCCAAAUCAUCAGAUAGUGAUGUCAGUGACGUGUCCGCCAUUUCCAGAACCAGCAGUGCCUCGCGCCUCAGCAGCACAAGCUUUAUGUCAGAGCAGUCUGAGCGCCCCAGGGGUAGAAUCAGUUCAUUUACCCCUAAAAUGCAAGGCAGACGGAUGGGGACUUCAGGAAGAGCCAUCACGAAGAGCACCAGUGUGAGUGGAGAGAUGUACACACUGGAGCAUAAUGAUGGCAGCCAGUCGGACACGGCCGUGGGGACCGUGGGAGCAGGUGGGAAGAAACGGAGGUCCAGCCUGAGCGCCAAGGUGGUCGCCAUAGUGUCCCGACGGAGUAGAAGCACAUCCCAACUAAGCCAAACAGAGUCGGGCCACAAGAAGUUAAAAAGCACCAUCCAGAGAAGCACAGAAACGGGCAUGGCAGCCGAGAUGAGGAAGAUGGUGAGACAGCCAAGUCGAGAGUCUACUGAUGGCAGCAUCAACAGCUACAGCUCCGAGGGAAACUUAAUAUUUCCUGGAGUGAGACUAGGAGCGGACAGUCAAUUUAGUGAUUUUCUCGAUGGGCUGGGACCAGCCCAGCUUGUUGGCCGCCAAACCCUCGCCACCCCUGCAAUGGGCGAUAUACAAAUUGGAAUGGAGGAUAAAAAGGGCCAAUUAGAAGUUGAAGUGAUUAGAGCACGAAGCCUCACACAAAAACCUGGCUCCAAAUCUACACCUGCUCCAUAUGUCAAGGUGUAUCUUUUGGAAAACGGGGCCUGUAUAGCCAAGAAGAAGACAAGAAUUGCACGGAAAACCCUUGAUCCUUUGUAUCAGCAGUCCCUGCUGUUUGAUGAAAGUCCGCAGGGUAAAGUUCUUCAGGUGAUUGUCUGGGGAGACUAUGGAAGAAUGGACCAUAAAUGCUUUAUGGGUGUGGCCCAAAUCUUAUUGGAAGAACUUGAUCUGUCCAGUAUGGUAAUCGGAUGGUACAAAUUAUUCCCACCGUCAUCGUUGGUGGAUCCCACACUCACUCCCCUAACCCGCCGGGCUUCCCAAUCAUCUCUGGAAAGUUCAACUGGGCCUCCCUGCAUUCGAUCGUAG